AAAAUUGGGAAAAAAAUGGCCUUAGAGGCUUUGAAAUCCGCGAGUACCACCACUAAUACUUCUCCACCCUUCUCAUCGUUUGAAGAGGCGGAGGAUCGUCGUCAAGCCAAUCACCAAAUCCACUCCAAAGAGCCAUGGGCAAAGAGGAAGCGCUCUAAGCGGCCUCGCAGCGAAGACCCACCAACCGAAGAGGAGUACCUCGCUCUCUGCCUCAUCAUGCUCGCCCGCGGCACCACUGCCGCCGCCACCACUAGCAGCUCUGAAUCGCCUGCGCAGCCGCCGUCUCGGGAACUUUCUUACAAGUGCUCUGUUUGUAACAAGGGGUUCUCCUCUUACCAAGCUCUUGGCGGACACAAGGCCAGCCACCGGAAAUCCGACUCUUCCGCUGCCGCCGCUGCCACGGUGGAUCAUCCAAUUGCCGCUGCUUCCGCCGGGCCAACAACAAGCGCUAGGACCCACGAGUGCUCUAUCUGCCACAAGACCUUCCCCACCGGCCAGGCCUUGGGUGGACACAAGCGCUGCCACUACGACGGCGGUAUCGCUGUCACUACUUCCGAAGGCGGCGGUGCUGGGGCCUCGAGCCACAGUCAGAGUCAGAGUCAUCAGAGUCAACGCGGCUUUGACCUGAACCUGCCAGCGUUGCCGGAGUUCUGGCCUGGGUUUGGCGCUGACAAGAAGAGUCAACUCUCUGGCGAGCAGGAGGUGCAGAGCCCGAUGGUGGCCAAGAAGCCGCGGUGGUUGUUGGGUCGAGAUUGAUUUGGAUUUACGUGAAUUACAAAGCCCAGUAUAGCUAGCUAGCUCAUAGCUGCAUGUUUUUUAAUUUUAAUUUUAUUUUCUCUUUUUUAUUUGAGUUGUUGAAUGGUGUACAGAAAAUUCAAUUCGUUCAUUGUUUGUAUACAAUGGUCUCGUGUCUCCAAUUGGUUAUUUAAUUACUAUUUUAUCUUCUA